CAGGAAUCAAACGUUGAUAUCUGAUGAGCCCGCUUUCAAUUUUGCUGAAGAGUUGUUCAGUCCUGUUUUGCUCCUCUUCCUUGUCUUCUCCAAACAUUCACACAUUAACGUUUGAAUCCUCUGAUCUGAGACUUCGUCCAUUUUCCUAAACCUCUAAUUAAGCCACCAAUUAGAAGAGGCAAUUUUCUCACGUCAGAGAGAGAUCAUCUUUGUAUCAGUGCUGCAUCCACUCUCAGAUGGGUAUAGUGAGGGGGGUGUUAUUGGAUGAAUCAGUACUCUUGGCUGAAAGUGGUGAUGAUAAAACUGUUUCUUUACUCCGGCCAGGAGCUGAGUCUCUCAUCCGAACACUCUUCCUGUCCAGAACGCAUAGUGGAAUUUCUUAUGGUGUUGGCCUUCCAGAUGACAAGGCAAGUGUUCUUCAAAAAAUUGCUAGUUUGUACUCACUUGAUUGCUUCAUCUUAAAUGAUUCUGUAAGUGAGGUUAUGCCUGGAUGGAGUAAUACUGAUGAUGGCAGCAUUAUUAUUUAUCUGAUUUCUGAUAAGAAGGAGUUCUUACCUAAAUUAAGCAGCUAUAAUUGGCUGGUUGUUGUUCUAAAUGUUGGAGGUGAAAGCUUAUGUCACAAUCCAAAUAUACUUCAGAUUGAAAACUUAGAGGAGUUUCCAUUGACCAUAUGCCACUUAAAUAAAAGAUCAAUUGGAACCAAUGCUGUGACUGUGAGUUAUACAAUGAAGCCUUCUCGUGUCGAAGAUUUUGCAAAGAGGGGUGCAUUUCCUUUGUGUCCUACUCAAAAUGGGUUGAUGUUUGUGCCUCUCGCAUCCAAGCUGCCUUUAUCAUCUCAAUUAAAGGGUGUUGACAUAGUUCUCCACAAAGCCACUGAUGAAAUAUUAUCAAUUGAAGAUAAUAAUAUUACUUUUACACAGAACAUCCAAGCAUUGCAAAGAUACUUGGAUCAGCACCAGGAUUUCUGUGUUAUUGAUCCACUGAGUAAUGUUUAUCCUUUAUUGGAUAGGCUAGAAAUUCAACAAGUUCUACUUGGCUUAGUAGAACUGAACACUGAAGGCAAAUAUUUGAUCAGAGGGGCCCAUUUUCUUAAGGCUGAUAACUUUGAUGAAUUUGAUUUUGCAACUGGACUAGCUGAAGCUAGAUUGUCUCUUCCAUGUAUAGUGAAACCUAAGGUUGCUUGUGGUGUCAGUGAUGCACAUAAGAUGACAAUUGUUUUCAAAGUUGAUGAUUUUAAGAAUUUAAGUGUUCCUCUUCCAGCUGUUAUUCAGGAAUAUGUGGAUCAUUCAUCCACUUUGUACAAAUUUUAUGUCUUGGGUGAAAAGAUUUUCUAUGCUGUCAAGAAGUCAAUACCAAAUGCUGAUAUUUUGAGGAAAUCAUCUAAUGGUGAUGAGCUCAAACCUCUACUGUUUGAUAGCUUAAAAUCUAUGCCGACCGCUGACAGUAUCACAAGUAAUGAGCCUAUUGACCUUAAGCUGGUUACAGAUGCUGCAAAUUGGCUUAGGAGAAGGCUUCAGCUUACCAUCUUUGGUUUUGAUGUUGUAAUUCAGGAAGGUACUCAUGACCAUGUAAUUGUGGAUGUAAACUAUCUCCCAUCAUUUAAGGAGGUGCCUGAUGACAUCUCUAUUCCUGCCUUUUGGGAUGCCAUUAGAAAUAAGUUUGACUCUAGGGUAUCUAAAUAAGCAUUUGUUUGAACUUUGUGACUAUUUGACAUGUAAUAAUGCCGAUGGUUACAUAGAUCAGGCACUAGAUGAUAUCAAGCUAAAUAUGAGUUUGAAUAACUCAUUAUUGCAUACUUGAGGUUUGAAAUGCUUAACACUUGUUAUUAAUGCAAUUUAGUGUUAUUUUUCU